GGUAGUUUGCGUUUUGCAGGCCGAGAAAAAAUGGGAGAAACAAAGAGUUUAGCGGUGGUGGGCGGUGGACAAAUGGGUUCGGGCAUAGCUCAACUCGGUGCCAUGCACGGUCUCCGUGUUUGGCUUCUUGAUACCGAUCCUGCCGCUCUUUCCAAAGCCACUCAAUCCAUCUCUUCUUCCCUUCAACGUUUUGUCUCCAAAGGACAACUCUCCCAGGCUGCUCGUACAGAAGCUUUGAAACGUAUUGAAUGUACUUUAAAUAUAGAAGACCUACGGUCGGCUGAUUUCAUUGUCGAAGCAAUUGUAGAAUCAGAAGACGUGAAGAAAAAGUUGCUUAUCGAACUUGAUAAGAUUGCUAAGAGUUCAGCCAUUUUAGCAUCUAAUACAAGUUCCAUCUCCAUUACUCGGUUAGCAACUGCAACCAGCAGACCGAGCCAGGUCAUUGGAAUGCAUUUCAUGAAUCCUCCUCCAGUAAUGAAGUUGGUUGAGAUUAUUCGUGGUGCAGACACAUCAGAUGAAACAUUUCAUGCGACAAAAGCAUUGGCGGAGAGGUUUCGCAAGACGGUAAUCUGCUCUCGGGAUUAUUCGGGCUUCAUCGUGAAUCGAAUCCUCAUGCCAAUGAUAAAUGAAGCAUUCUUCACACUUUAUACUGGGGUGGCCACCAAGGAAGAUAUCGAUACAGGGAUGAAAUUAGGGACAAACCAGCCAAUGGGUCCCUUGGAGCUUGCAGAUUUCAUAGGACUGGACGUGUGCUUAUCGAUAAUGAAAGUUCUACAUACCGGUCUGGGUGACAGUAAAUAUGCCCCCUGCCCUCUUCUCGUGCAGUAUGUUGAUGCCGGUCGUGUUGGGAGAAAAUGCGGUGUCGGGGUAUAUGACUACCGUAAACCAUCUCCCCGACUCUGAAUAUAUUCUUAUUUCAUAGAUCAUGAGUAACAAAAGCAGUGCCUGAAUAAAGUUCAUAAGUUCCUGAAAUAAAUUGGUAUAGAAAUGUACCUUUUUUUAAUCCCUUUACCAUUUCUAUUGCUUAAAUAUUUAAUUCUUUUAGUGGCCA